CCCCCCGUGCGCCCCACGCCUCGGCCCCCGCCCGCGCGACCCCCGCCACGAUGCUGCUGUCCAAGUUCGGCUCUUUGGCGCACAUGUGUAGCCCCAGCGGCGUAGACCACCUGCCGGUGAAGAUCCUACAGCCGGCCAAAGCCGAGAAGGAGCCCUUCGAGAAGCUCUACCAGGUGGGCUCGGUGCUAGGCAGCGGCGGCUUCGGCACAGUCUACGCCGGGAGUCGCAUCGCCGACGGCCUGCCGGUCGCUGUGAAGCAUGUGGUCAAGGAGAGAGUCACAGAGUGGGGCACGAUCGCCGGAGUGAUGGUGCCCCUGGAGAUCGUCCUCCUCAAGAAGGUGGGCUCGGGCUUCCGAGGCGUCAUCAAGCUCCUGGACUGGUACGAGCGGCCCGACGGCUACCUGCUGGUCAUGGAGCGGCCCGAGCUGGUCAAGGACCUGUUCGACUUCAUCACGGAGAAGGGCGCCCUGGACGAGGAGAUGGCCCGAGGCUUCUUCAGCCAGGUCCUGGAGGCCGUCCGCCACUGCUACGGCUGCGGCGUGGUCCACCGGGACAUCAAGGACGAGAACCUGCUCGUGGACCUCCGCACCGGCGAGCUCAAGCUCAUCGACUUCGGCUCGGGCGCCCUGCUCAAGGACACGGUCUACACGGACUUCGAUGGCACGCGUGUGUACAGCCCUCCCGAGUGGAUCCGCUACCACCGGUACCACGGCCGCUCGGCCACCGUGUGGUCCCUGGGGGUCCUCCUCUACGACAUGGUGUGCGGGGACAUCCCCUUCGAGCAGGACGAGGAGAUCCUGCGGGGGCGGCUCUACUUCCGGAGGAGGAUCUCCACUGAGUGCCAGCAGCUCAUCAAGUGGUGUCUGUCCCUGCGGCCAUCGGACCGGCCCACUCUGGACCAGAUCUUCGACCACCCGUGGAUGCUGCGCUCCGACGUGGGCAAGUCGGAGGACUGUGACUUGCGGCUGCGCACCAUCGACACCGACGUGUCCAGUACCAGUUCGAGCAACGAGAGCCUGUAGGGAGGGAGGAAGCAGAGCAGCGGCACUGAGCUCCCUGCCCUCCUGCGGGCGGACGGGCAGCGCCAGCCAGGCCCCACCGCGGGAAGGACCCCUCCACCACCUCCUGUAGCGAAUCCUUGUCGGGGGGCUCAGGGCCCCCACCCGCCUCGCCUGUGUCCGGGAGCACGCGUGCACGACCUCUAGAAUUCCAAGGUUCAACUUCUUGGCUCUCAUAGAGCUGGGACCGAUGCCCUUGCUUCUGAGUGCCUUUCUGAUAGCUGCUUUAGUGGGGGAAGGGAAGGGGGUCGGCACCCCACGGGAAAGGUGGCGGGACUCGAACCCAAGGCCGGCCCUCCAUUCUCUGCUGCUCCCCCGUCUUUCCUGCGGUCUGCACGGAGGCCGGACCGCCCUCACUGCUUGGUUUUGGAAGUCCGGGGACGCGGUCCAUCCCGGUUCCUUCGGAUCAUCUCGCCUCUGGGCACAAAGACCCCCACCCGGCCCGGAUCAUUCGUCUUCUGCCUACGCCCUGCCUUCUCCGCCGUCCCUGCCCCACAGACAGGGCUGCGGAUGGAGAGGAUGCACAAAUCAAUGCAAAUAGCCAGGACUGACCCGGCCCCAACCCUCCCCCGUCUGCGUAUUUAUGUCCGGAGCCCCCUCGUGUAUGAUAGCGACGGUUUUAUUUAUUGUGUGACCAUUGAGGACAGCGGCCCAGCCGUGCCGGCUGGGGCUAUUUAUUGGGUUAAUUUAUUGUUUAGAGUUUAUUCUGCUCCCGAGCCAGCCCCGGCCCGGGCGGCUCAGGUCACCCUCGAUUCUUGCAUUCCUGUCCACUGUUCGUUUUCCUUUUUGACUCCCCGUAUUUGUUGAAAGAUGGAGAAUUAUUGUACAAAGUCUAAUUUAAGGGGAAUAGAAUGACUUUUCUAAGUGGGGCGGGCGGGUGGGUGGCGGCACAGCACCCCCGCCUGGGGUUUUGUGGCCCGGCCGCCAGGGGUGCGCUGGGAUGGGGAGGGUGUCUGGGGGGGCGGGAGGGUGGCAGUCGGCGGCCCCUUUAAUUUAUUUUACUCGCUGUGUUUGUGACCAGGUCACCCCAAGUGGGACUUGGGUUUGGGGGUUCCUUCACUUGAACAGUGUGAAAUGUAUGAAGAUCAUAUUUUUUUAUACAACUUAUUUCAAUUAAAUUUUUUUUUGUAUAUA